CUUUCCUUCCUUAUCUUCACAAGACAAAGAGACUCCGUCAAGACAGAGACAGGGUUAAAGUCAAAAGCUUUAUAAAACCCUAGCUAGCUAACCAAGCUCUCUCCCAUUUCCAUGGAAGAUAGUUUCAGUGCCCGAGUGGAGAAAGCCUUCGGUUCCCUCUCUUCUUCAACAAUACAAACCCAGCAACCCUCUUCCUCCUCCUCCUCUAUAAGCUCUCUAUGGCGUCUCACUGACGAAGAAAUCGAGCGAAACCAAUGGAUUCGAGACCGCAAGGAGGACAGCCCUGAAAUCGAAACCCAACCCCAACCGUACUUUAAUCCAGAAAGACCCCACGAUAUGGAUUUCAAGUCUGAUGAGAUCGAAAGAGACCUUGAUGAUCUAGACGACGGCGAGGAGGAGUCACGCGCCUCGAAACUCAAACCCGAAGAUUAUAACGAUGAAGAAUGGGACAUCAAGAAAUCUAUUGGCCUGGAUUGUACUCUUGAUUAUGAGGAAGAGGAAGAUCAUUAUGACAAAGUAGCUGUUGGCAGGGAAAAGGCUGGAGACGAACGCCUUUAUGUGACAGCAAUGGAAGAUUAUGGUAUAGAUAUUGAUUCUGGAAAUGAGAUUCCUAGUUCAUUUGAGGAUGUUGCUAGGGAUCCGCGUGCUAAUCACCUUGCUGCAAAAAUUAGGCUAAAGGAAGAUGCAGAAGCAGCUAAAAAGAUGGAUUCUUUGAGGGUUACUGUAAAGGAAAAUACUAGUGUAUCUGAUGAUGGUAAUCUGAAAUCCAUUUUGAAGAGGAAGAAGGAUUUUCAAUUGGAUUCCAAGACGAUCAAGAAUGAUUUGGAUUCUAAGUUACGAAAGCGUGUCCGGUUUGACCCGGAAUGCAAAGACGGUAAUGAUGAAGAGUAUGAUGGAGUUGAAGACACGCAGAUGGAAACUACUGAUUCAACAGAAGAAACCAUAGUGUAUCAUUUGUCUCCAGAUUAUCCUUCUGGAAUUCCGGAUCACAUGCGAAAUCCUUCUAAAUACACACACUAUACUUUUGAUUCAUCAACUGAUGUAGAUGAAGAAUCAAACCGAGGAGCGUAUAUGGACUUCCUCAAGAUGCUGCAGCGAGCAAAGACUGCAGAAUUACAUCCAGAUGACGAUCCUGUUGAUCUUUCAAAACCAUUCACCUUCGUACCAAAAAAGAAAACUGGUGCUGUUACAUUGACUGAUAACUGCAUUGAUUCUAAACAAAACCGGGAUGAUGCCAGUGAAGACUUCAAGCUUAGGAGAGGGGUGCCUCUUAGGAUUGCAGCCCGUGAUGACCUUGAUACUGAAACCUGUGCCAUGGAGGAAGAUAAACCAGAAACAGCAGCUGAUAGGACUAGUUCCCGGAGACCAGACCGUCAGUAUAGGACAAAGGCCAAGUUGGAGACAUGAGUUAACUCGAACCUCUCUGGCUUUUGCUUGAACAUGAUAGCUUCCAUAUUAUUGUAACCUAACGUUUCUUCUUAUGGUUCCAACUCAAGUACCUGUAUACUAAAUGCUUCUGACUCAAGUAUCUGUAUACUAAUAUCGUGCUGGAUUCUAGCCCAUAUUUUGUUUUAGAA